AUGAAUCGUUUAUUUGGUCGCAGUAAACCCAAGGAACCUGGUCCUAGCCUCGGCGAUUGUAUUAAAGGAGUGGAUGAACGAGCUGGAGCUAUAGAAGAGAAAAUAAAUAAAUUGGAAAAUGAAUUGCGUAAAUACCGUGAACAAAUGUCUAAAAUGCGUGAUGGUCCGGCAAAAAAUUCUGUAAAGCAGAAGGCUUUAAGAAUUUUAAAGCAGAAAAAGGCUUAUGAGCAACAAGCCGAAUCUUUGCGUAAUCAAUCCUUUAACAUGGAACAAGCGAAUUAUGCUGCGCAAUCUAUGAAAGAUACUCAAAUAACCGUGGCAGCUAUGAAAGAUGGUGUAAAACAAAUGCAAAAAGAAUUCAAGAAAAUUGAUAUUGACCAAAUUGAAGAUAUACAAGAUGAUAUGGCCGACAUGUUGGAGCAGGCCGAAGAAGUUCAAGAUGCUUUAGGUCGGACUUACGGUAUGCCUGAAGUCGAUGAUGAUGAAUUAGCUGCUGAAUUGGAAGCCCUAGGCGAUGAAAUCGCUUUAGAUGAUGAUACCAGCUAUUUAGAUGAUGUGGUUAAAGCUCCGGCAGCACCCGAUAGGGAACCGGGAGCCGAUAGUAUUAUAUCGGGCAAUAAGAACUCCAUAGAAACUGAUGAAUUCGGUUUACCUAAAGUACCGACUACAGUAAAAACUACUUAAAAUUUCUUUCGAACGAAAAGUUUAAUUACUAAAAAUUAAUGUAUGCUUUAAAACAUAAAAA